AUCGAGUGGAGGAUCACGCGGAUCUUUUUUCUUACGUAGGAAGGACGUCGGAGUGUAUAUCAAUUGCUAAAUGGAAAAUAACAUGUCUUUAAAUUAUUUCUUGAAUGAAUGUUCAGAUAGAUAUAAAGUUAUAGCUCUUUUAUUAUUAUAUCGUAAAACAGCAAUAGCGUAUACUCCGAAAGACUAAGGAAAUGCGAAUUGGUAUCGAGAUACGUAUACCGCGGGCGUCAACUCGAGUUAACUUAUAGCACGCGACAACCGUAACAAGCUUCUCAAUUGAUUAAUUACUCGUUGACUCACGAUACCAAUCGCCGUCGCUCUAAAGUGACUGCUCCUCUUCCUGCCUCCCUGGAAUCGAUUCUUCUCGAAGCCGCUCGAGUCGAGUCACUCGGGGAGAUUCGAUGAGAUGCUCCAAUUUCGUCUACUGCUCCUCCUCUUGGCUUCUCUAACUUCUUGCGAGUCGAUUCUUCCCGAAGCCGUUGAGUCGCUCGUAGGAGGAUUCGUACCUAUAUGUUCUGAAAUCGUCUUCUCGUUUCCAAAGCGCACCUCUGCAUUCGCGCGAAUUUGUUACAUCUUACUUCUCAACACGGAGAUCGAUAUAAAAUCGCUUACACUUAGACGUUACAUAAGCCAUUAAUAGGAAAACGAGAUAAUGUGGAAUAUCUGCAGAUAAAUUCGCAGAAUCGGCUAAUCGCGUAUCUCCUCGAUCUUCCGAAAGCGUUGCAGCUGGUUAGUGAAUGAUUCAUCGUUGAAUGAGAAUCAUUCACCUCGAUUCAUUCGCGGAUAAACUAUCGACGAGAUACAUAGCAAUUUGCGAUCUGAAAUGUCGUUCUCGAGUUCUUGCAAAAUUCUUUCUUCUUUGCAAUUUUUCUGAAGCAUACGUGACGAAGUGUGACGAAACACAGCAGUGUGAAUAGAGUAAAUUUUAUCACUUUGAAAAUUGCUUUGACUUCGCAAGUGUUUUUUCAAAUUAUUAUACAUUAAUACUUUUUUUUCAAUUUGUUAUCUAAUCGCACAGGUUUCCUUCCAAUAAGUUUAUCUCAAAUUGCCCGCGAACAAAUUGCGACCUGCAGCAAACAACAUAUCAGAGGAACGCAUUUCUUGUGUACUUAAAUUUACGAACAUGUAGAAUUAUGAAAAAAAUGCAAAAACGCGCGCGACGUGAGUCACAGAAAGCGAGAAAGAAUUUAUUUUUUUUGCAUAGACGAAACAUUUUUGAAGACCAGAUUGAAGCGAUUAAAGCGCCCUAUCGUUACGAAACGUUUCGUUCACCGGGUUGGCCAAGUGAACCGCAUGUGAUUUACUACUUGCGUAAUAUGUCUUAAUCUAUCGCCGACGGUCACAUGCAGUCUGUAAUCGCAUCGUGCCGCCGAUAAGAGUGCGGGCGCGUAUUACAAUGACUGCCGGCGAACGCUUGCGAGCAAAUAAAUAUCAAUAAAUCAUUUGUAUUCUUCUAUUUUCUAUGCUCUUUUUCUCUCUCGAAUUGCAACGCGUUUAUUAAUUCGCUUCAAUCGCAUGCGCAGAGCAUAAAACUUUGCAAAAAAGAUUUUCGGAAAUGUAUCUAGAUGCUCAUAGAUUUCGAGACAUCUCGUGCGACUGAAAGAAGCAGGGAUUUAUUUUAAUAAAAUUUAAUUCGACUUUGUCUUAUUGUUAGACUAUAAGUUAAUUGAAUUUAAUUGCAGGAGAAGUUUCAAAUUUUGGCAAAAGUACAAAAUCAAUGACGAUAAGUGUGCAUUAAGAGCGUGAUUAUCGUUGACCUUUGCAGGGAAUCAGGAAUUUCUCUAUUUCUGGGAAGCGCCGGACAAUCGGAAAAUCGUCCGGAUAACCGUCGGGAAACGAUACCGAUCUGUCUUUCUGGCGCCCGCGCGAAACGCGCGCGACACGCGGUCUACUAUGUGCCCUGAUCGAAGUGCAACGAACGUGAACGCCGGCGCGAAAAUAAGCGGAAUUAAAGAAAACAAGACGUACGCGGAGGAGCACAUGACUGCUCGGAUUGAUAGCGGUAAACUCGUGACCACGAUAAACUACUGAGAACAAUUUCAUCGGCCACGACUGGCCACAUACGUGUUCAGUACUUCGCGCGGCAUGUCCAGGAACAGGAAUUACGAGACGUUCACCAGCAGCGCGGCAGACGUAUCGUCGCCGCCGCCGCCGCCAUUCGAAAAAAAUAGCGGCGUGCAAGACCCAGAGAAGACCUCGCUGGUGGACUCGGCGCUGCUCCCGAAAAUCCAGCCGUCCGCGCUGCUCAAUAACGAGAGGACGAAUCUGGCUACGAACGAUGUGGCCACGAACGGCAAUCCUGAGGACGGCCGUACGCUCAGAGGUAGCGCCGUCAGACAAGUCCUGGCUGCCCUGGUUGCCCAACUGGGUACCAUUAACACGGGCAUGGCAUUCGGCUUCUCCGCCAUCGCCCUGCCGCAGCUUCAGGAACCAGACAGCAUCAUUCCCAUCAAGGAAGGAUCGGCGGAGGAAUCGUGGAUCGCUAGCAUGUCCUCCAUCGGCACACCGAUCGGCUGCUUGACGUCCGGCUACAUGAUGGACAUGUUCGGCAGGAAGCGCUCGCUCAUCAUCACGGAGAUCCCGGCGCUACUCGGAUGGUUGCUGAUCACGUUCGCGACCGACAUACGGAUGAUAUACGCCGGCCGUUUCUUCGUCGGUCUGGGAUCGGGCAUGGUGGGCGCGCCGGCACGCGUCUACACGAGCGAGGUGACGCAGCCGCAUCUACGGGGGAUGCUGACCGCGCUCUCGAGCGUCGGCGUCAGCACCGGGGUGCUGAUAGAAUACGCCCUGGGAAGUAUGGUUACGUGGAACGUCUGCGCCGCCAUCAGCGGUAUCCUGCCGCUCACCGCGCUGCUGCUGAUGUUCUUCUUCCCGGAGACCCCGUCCUACCUCAUAUCGCGCAGCAAGCCGGACGAGGCGAAGCAGGCGCUACGGAAGUUCCGCGGCAGUACUUACAACGUGAAUCAGGAGAUGGAGACGUUGGUAGAGUUCUCCAACAAGAACAAUAUCAAACGGCUCACCGGCUUCCGGGAGAUCAUGUGCGCCCUGCUGAAACCCAGCGCGCUCAAACCGUUCACCCUCCUGUUUCUGUACUUCUUGAUAUACCAGUGGUCAGGCACCAACGUCAUAACUUUCUACGCCGUCGAGAUCUUCAAGGACUCGGGGGCGAGCAUGAAUAAGUACUUAGCGGCGGUAAUACUGGGAAUAGUCAGGCUCACCUCGACGAUCGUCGCCUGCGUCCUGUGCAGAAAAUGCGGCAGGAGACCGCUCACGAUGGUGUCCUCCGUCGGAUGUGGGCUUUCCAUGUUAGGAUUAGGCGGGUACAUGUGGCUGAAAAAUUACUGGGUCGCGAAUGAUCUGCCGCUCGUCGCCACGUGGAUCCCGGUCGUUUGCAUAUUCUCGUACACGGUCACUUGCACCCUCGGCUUCCUGGUAAUCCCGUGGGUGAUGAUAGGCGAGGUCUAUCCCGUGCAAGUGCGCGGUAUUAUCGGCGGUCUCACCACGAUGUGCGCGCAUACAUUCGUCUUCAUGGUAGUUAAAACUUAUCCGUUUCUUGCCAGCGCGAUCACUCGCCACGGUACAUUCAUCCUCUACGGUUGUAUCUCUUUGUUCGGCACGAUAUACUUCUACAUAUGCCUUCCGGAAACUAAAGGUAGAACGUUACAAGAGAUCGAGGAUUAUUUCUCCGGUAGAGGCAGCGCACUGACGACCGGCAGAAUAAGUAACAAGCCAAAGGUUUUAGAAAUAAAAAAGGGCCAGAUAUUACCGUGAGAAGGAGGACCAUUUUUGAUCGUAUGACUUUUUGCAAUGGCGCUUAUUUUAAAAGAAUCUACUUUAGUUAGGAGAAAUGAAAGCAUUUGCUUACUUGUUAAUGACUUAAGAAUGUUAUCUACUUUUACAAGGACAAUGAAAUGGGCAAGUACUCUAAAACUCUAUGACGUUUGCUUUGUGACAAAUAUAUACCUUAGAAAAUAGGAUGAAAAAUAUUUUUAAACAAACGACAAAAUAUGAUAAAAGAUGUAUACUCUCGUUACAAUUUUAAAAAUAUUAUCAGAACAGUUCUUGAAGAGGAAACAUUGUUGUAAUACUGUAUUGUUAUUUAUAAAAUGUUUUAUUACUUUGCAGCGGGUAUUUGUUCACAAAGCAUGAAAAUGAUUAACUAUGUGCAAUUAUUAACAUUUUCAUAAAUGCCACACACAAGAUAUUACUUGAACAAAGUGUAGCAGAGUAUAUAAAUUUUAAUCAUCCCAAUUUUACUCACGAGGAUGUAAAACACGAGAGACCAAUCAUGUCUUAACGACUUAAUUAACGGAGUACGCAUGAAUAAAAAAAGAUGGUGCUAUUUAUUAAAUCAUAGUAUUAAACUGUAAACGUAUGUAAUGACAGCGUUAAUGGAAGCUAGAAGCCUAAGAUAAAUACGAAAUUUAGAGAGUAUCCUACGGGACUAUUUUAUAUAUAAACUCGUAAAAGUGUCGUGCAUGUCGACAACUAUAUAAUAUUUUACAAUACCGGAAAAAUUUCCAGACAUAUAUUUAUUAUGAAGCGCAGUAAAUCAAGUGUCAUCCGUUAUCAUGUACAAUCUAAAAUCAUAAUAAUGAAGGUAAAAACUUCAUCUGUAUACCUAUAGAAAUGCCUUAACGCGAUCGUUAUAUAUAUAUAUAAAUGAGAGCUUUGAUGAAUGAAUGACUGUACAAGUGACUUAUUUUUUAUAAGAAAGUAAAUUUAUUGCUCGUUUAA